AUGUCUACCACCGCAGCCACUUCACGCCCGUCGCCGGCUUGGGGCCCCGCGGCGCGCAUCUCGACGACCCCGGCUGGCCUGCCGCCGUCCACUCCCCCGUCUGCUGGUCAGAUAACCGCCUCCUUCUUUGCAAGCGGCGCCUUCUCGUCCCGCGCCUUUGAUGAGUCCAGCUCCGGCGGCUAUUUCGACCUGGUGGCCGCCAACGCCGCUCCCUCUCCCUCCAACGCAGCUCAGUUCUUCCAGGCCUCGAGGGACCGUGAUUUCUCCUUCAACAUGCCGUCUAGCGCAGGCGGCUCUGCGGGUGCCAGUGCCAGUGCCAGUGCAAACGUCACGCCCAAGUUCACCGUGGCCAGAAAGAACGCAGACAUGCUCGAGAGGAAGUUUGUUGGUCGACAUGCCGGAAGGACUGACGAACGGGGCGCCGAUCUGCCCGCCUCCCCCCUGCACGGAGGCCCCAAGAAGCUCGGCUUGGAUCUCAGUCCACGGCUACACCAGAGGGUUCACUACAAACCUGUUAACCCAGCCUUGUCUGAGGGCAACUCCCAGAUGUCCUCGGGGGCAUCGACGCCGACGGGGCCUCUUUCUGAAACCGCCAGACAUGCCCACCACUCGUCCGCUCCGAUGGCCGAUCAGUCGAGACUCCUCACGCCGGAGCAACCCUUUGUGCUCCAUCGGGCACAGUCGACUCCCGUCGGCGCCAACGUCGACAUGGGCGAUGUCAAGAUGAUAUCCGCUGAACGGUGCCUGGAAAUCUUGAAAUCUUCGAGAAACGAGACCCUUCUCUUGGAUGUACGCCCGCUACUGCAGUUCACUCGAUCCCACAUCACGGGAUCCCUGAACCUUUGCAUUCCAACCACCCUCCUCAAACGGCCGUCCUUUAACCUGCAGAAGGUCGAGGACACCUUUGGCAAUGGUCAGGAGAAGUCAAACUUCAACAAGUGGCGUACGAGCACCCGGAUUAUCGUCUACGACCUUUCUACCACUCACGCCAAGGAUGCUGCUCUCCUCAUGAACUUGCUCAAGAAAUUUACCAGAGAAGGCUGGACCGGAGAGCCGUUGAUUCUAGCCGGGGGAUUUUCCCGUUUUGCCGCCGAUUUUCCCGGUUGGAUCGAACGUUCUCAGCAGCCGGCUACCUCUUCUUCCGCCUCUUCAUCCACCUACGGGAAGAGUCCCUUGUCCAUCAGCCUGACUCUACCGACUACCGCCCCGUCGGUCGUGGGAGGGUGUGCAAUGCCGACCCCUUCGUCAAACUCCGUCACCCCUUUCUUCUCAAACAUUCGCCAGAAUGUAGAUCUCGUCGGCGGAGUCGGCCAGCUGCCCGUCAACCUUCCCCCCAGCAUGGACGAAUCUACCAAAUCUUCGUUGCCGUCCUGGCUGGCCCGGGUAGCUGACUCGGCCGACGGUGGGAGGACGGCUGCCCUCCAGUUUCUAAAUAUCGAGGUAUCUGAGCAGAGCCGCAUGCAGCAGGCUCUUUCUAACCCGAGCACGUCUAUCCACUUAGGACAAGGCCCUACCAAGCGCCCGGUGAAGAUUGCAGGUAUUGAAAAGGGGUCGAAAAACAGAUACAACAACAUAUACCCGUACGACCACUCUCGAGUCAAAUUGCAGGACACCACCGAAAGCGCCUGCGACUACAUCAAUGCGAGCUUCGUUCGCUCCUCUCGAUCAAACAAACGCUACAUUGCCACACAGGCGCCGAUGCCGUCCACCUUCAAUGACUUUUGGCGAGUCGUAUGGGAGCAGGGUAUACGACUUAUUGUCAUGCUCACAGCCGAAACUGACGGCGCACAGGUUAAAUGCCACUACUACUGGAACUCAGCCGACUACGGCAACCUGAAAGUGCAGCUCGUCAGCGAAGGCACUAUUCCUCUCGAUCCGAGCGGUAUGCUGCAGUCGACGGAGGAGUCACCUUUCUUCAACAUUCGGCACUUCAGCAUCACCAACUCCAAAGCGCCCUUCGAGCCGCCAAGGGAGGUCACACAGAUCCAGUACACGGACUGGCCCGACUUUGGAGCCCCAGCAAAACCCUAUCAUCUACUGCGUCUGAUUGAGGAAUGCGAUUCCAUCGUGAAGCCCUCGAGCAGUCGAUCGGCAGCACAGGUGGGGAGACCGGAUCCUGCAGGCCAGCGCAAGGUAAUCGUCCACUGCAGCGCAGGCUGCGGCAGAACAGGGACCUUUUGCACCGUAGACAGCGUAAUCGACAUGCUUAAACGACAGAGGAAAGCGGCUCAGAACCCGGUCAGAACCGAGCCGGGCUGGGUAUAUGAAGAUAACACCGACCUUGUCGCCGCUACCGUUGAAGACUUCCGGUCACAGCGACUGAGCAUGGUCCAGAACCUCCGACAGUUUGUGCUUUGCUACGAAUCUGUUCUAGAGUGGCUGGCGUCGGGCGCCGAGAUGUAA